AUGUCUUCUUACUUUGCACUGGGUUCCACCGGUUUAUGCGGGAAUUUCUUUGUCAACAUUGCGGCCAGCUCGCAGAAUGUGGCUCGUAUUUACACUGUUAGUCGUCGUGAGCCAAAAGUCACCACGGACAGCUCCAAGCUGGUUGCCACUGUCGAGCCUGACAGCGAGAAAUGGCCUGAUUUGAUCAAAAAUCUCGAUAUCCCGGAGCACUCUACCUACUAUUCAUCGUUCGGAACCACCAGAAAGGCUGCAGGCAGUGCUGAAAACUUCAUCAAGAUCGACGAAGGUAUCAAUGUUGCUGCUGCCACUGCUGCCAAAGAAUCUGGCAAAUUCGACACUGCCGUGCUGGUGUCCAGCGCUGGUGCCAGUCCGGCCUCGCGCUUCCUGUAUUUGGCCACCAAGGGGCGUAUAGAGGAGAAAAUUAGGGAACUGAAGUUCAAACGGACAAUUAUUUUGAGACCGGGUACUCUGCUUGGUGAAAGAGAGCAUGCUCAUAGCUUGCUCGAGAGCGCCACCAGAAAGGUGGGGGGAUUUCUUAGAGGCACGAUGUUUGCAGGGCUUCUAGCACAUCCUAUCAAGGGCGAGGAAGUCGCAAAGGUGGCCUUUUACUUAAGCCAGAAACCCAUUGAGGGUGACAAUGAGGUGAUUGUUGUUGAGAGCAGUGAAAUGAUCAAGAUUGUCAAGGACAAUGGUUUAUAA